CGUGUAUUCAUCAGUGUUGUCUUCCACGUUCAGGAAGAGGCGAAGAUUGCUCAGCGUUGUCCUUCACGCUGACGAGAGGGUUACAUCAGUUGAGGCAUGGCAGGAGAAAGAUGGCGGCAUCAUAUGGACUACAUCAUCACCCUGUUUGGUUCCAGUAUUGGAUCAGGGGCAUUUAUAAAGUUCCCAUAUUUGUGUAUGCGUAAUGGUGGAGGGGCGUUUCUGAUACCUUUCGCACUGUUCACCAUAAUCGCCGUCAUACCUUGUGUAUUCCUGGAUAUGGUGAUUGGACAGUUCUCCCAGAGUGGACCAAUCAACGCCUGGAAUAUGUGUCCACCUUUCAAAGGAAUUGGUGUUGGUAUCUUGAUUCUGCUGUGGAUUGUCUUUUCACUUUACAAUGCCAUAUUUUCCUGGUUUGCCUACUUCUUCUACUACUCGUUUUCGUCCACCCUACCUUGGGCCAAUUGCGACAACGACUGGAACACCCCCUCGUGUAUAUCUGACAGUGGCAUCAAUAAGACGUAUAUGAACCACACGGAAGUUACAAACUGCACCGCCUACAGUCAUCAGGUAAACGUCACUGGAGGAGCGUAUGCUUGUAGAACAGCUGCAGAAGAGUUUUGGAGAUUGCAGGUGUUGCAGUUGACUGAUGGUUUACACGACAUGGGUGGAGUAAGGUGGCCUCUGGUUCUGUGUCUGGCCAUAACAUACUUGAUUUUGUUUGUUUGCCAGUGUCGAGGAAUCAAGGUGACUGGAAAGCUUGUGUACGUCACUGUGGGAUUUCCGUUUGUCCUGAUCAUCGUCUUCCUCGUCAGGGGAUGUCUCCUGCCAGGGUCAGCAGAAGGAAUGUAUUAUUUCAUCAAACCCAACUUCGAUAAGCUUAAAGAACCUGGGAUAUGGAUUGAAGCAUGCGGUUACGCUUUAUUUUCCUUGAAUGUUGGCAUGGGAUUUAAUUUAACCUUGUCGAGAUACAACAAGGUCAACAAUAACUGUUUAAGAGACGCAGUUUGGGUUUGUAUCGUGGACUUGCUUGCUACUAUCUUGGUUGGAUUUUCCUUCUUUUCAAUCAUCGGUCACGUUGCCUACCAACGUGGAGUGACAGUGGAGGCUUUUGCGUCAUCGGGCUUCAACCUUGCAUUUAUUGUGUAUCCGCAAGUCCUGACUUAUCUGCCCCUGCCACAGUUAUGGUCAACCUUGACAUUUAUCAUGCUGAUGACGCUGGAAAUAGAUUGUCAGUUGCCAGCCAUUGAAGUCAUAUCAUCAGCAUUUGUGGAUAUGUUCCCAAGUCUACGUAAGCGGCGGUGGCUUCCAACAGCUCUGAUCCUCUUAAGCAGUUUCCCUUUUGCCAUCAUCUAUCUUUUACAGGGUGGGAUAUACAUGCUGACACUAGUGGAAUGGUACGCUUAUUUCCCUUCCACAGCACUCUUCGCCUUGUCGGAAUGCAUAGUGAUGGGGUGGCUCUACGGCACAACGAGACUUCAAGCGGACGUCCAGCUGAUGUGGGGGAAGAAGAUCCCUGAGCUUUUCAUCAUGUUAAUCAAGUUUGCAUCGCCAUUACUCCUUGUGAUCACCUUCGGCUACUCCCUCUACUCCUACCGACCUCCUAAGUACGAGGACUACAUCUAUCCUGCCUGGGCCACUGCAGUCGGCUGGAUGAUAUCCUGUGCCUCCAUUGUUCCCUUGCCUGCCCUCUUCAUCUGGGCAGUUUGGCGGACUCCAGGAAACACUUUAACUGAGAAAAUUAGACAGUCGCUGCAGCCAAAUAAACAAUGGGGUGAGCAAGCUCUAGAUGAAAUGGCCGACGAAGUUCCAUGCACUUAGAAGACAUCAACUUCAACCAUCGCAAGAACAAAAAGACUAUAGAUUCAUCAAAGACCUAGUGAAGUCAUGCCAGACUAUCUCCUUUUUUGUAUAAAUGAUACCCUAAUCACCUGAUGUAACCAUACAUCAUACACACUAGAGCAAACAUCAAUAAAGGUGGCAUUAAAUCCAUAUUUUGCAAGAGUGUUGUAUAUUAACGGAAAAUAGUAAUUGUGCUUUAUAUGACGUGUAGUAAAUGUUAAUGAAAAUAACAACAUAUUAUUUAGUCAUCGUCUAAUCAAUGUUGUAUCACAAACAUACCUGGUAAUACGAGGCAGAGAGGCAUGCGGUAAAAGAGGUAUGGAAUGAACAAUGUCAAUACUGGCUGUGACCACCAUUUGCAUUGAUACAGGCGAGGCAAGGGCGGCGCAAUGAAGACACCAGGUGAUUGAAUCCUGGGGGAUAGUGUUCCAAAUGUCAAUCAAAAUGAUUGGCCCAACUGAAUUACUCCUGUCGUAGGCGUCGGUCUAUCUUAUUCCAGACAUGUUCUAUGUAAACAUGACGUUUUGUCCCUGCAUUUGCACAAAGGGUAGAACAGUUCCGGGAGCGUACGCCAUUCUAAUUGCCAUUAACCAUCGGAGCUGUCCAGAUGAAACCUGGACUCAUCUGUGAACCGUAUACUGUCCAAGUCUUGUCUUCUGAACCUCAGAUGCUGUGUACACGAAACUAGUUUUGCCUGACGGUGACGUGGAAGCAAAUUUGUACCUACUGCUAGAUGUUGGAGCCGAAUAUGGUUGUCAUGCUGACGUGACGUCACACGUGGACGACCGGUCCCGUGACAAGUCAUGCGCCCUGCUGGAAAUAAAGUCUCCAAAGAGAAGGUAUCUACUUUUUGGUUGUACAAAAUGCAACACUAAUUUGUUUUUAAGUUCAACCAAAAACAUUAAUCAGUCACUGGAAAUGCUGGAUGUACUGAAAAAUAAAG